UUGCACCGGAGCGGCUUCAUCUGAGAACCAGUGCGGUGGACCUAGGCACUCUCUUGUCGUUGCUGGUGGCGAUGGCCUUUUCCUUGUUCUAAACUGGUGGCUUGUGCGAUCAGAGGGUUGGCGGGUGGGAGAAGAGUUUGGCCAUAGUCUUCCUUCUGCAUUUCGUACACAUUCUGCGCUCUCUCUCUCUCUCUUUCGCGCACACACACAUACACACACGCGCUCGCACACACACGCCCGCUCGAGCCCCUCUCGGUGUGUCUUCCUUCAAGAUGACAGGGCGCUGGAGAAAAGGCUGCUGGAAUCAGCUGGUGAAAGCAGAACCUCUGUGGUUCUUAAUGCCUCAGCAGGAUUAUUUUCACUAAAGAUGGAAACACUGGAGUCUGAAUUGACCUGUCCAAUCUGCCUGGAGUUGUUCGAAGACCCCCUUCUGCUCCCUUGUGCUCACAGCCUCUGCUUUAGCUGUGCCCACCGCAUCCUGGUCUCAAGCUGCAGCUCUGGUGAAUCCAUUGAACCCAUUACUGCUUUCCAGUGUCCUACAUGCAGGUAUGUUAUCUCGCUGAACCACCGGGGCCUGGAUGGCCUCAAGAGGAAUGUGACUCUGCAGAACAUUAUCGAUCGCUUCCAGAAGGCUUCAGUCAGUGGGCCCAAUUCCCCCAGUGAGAGCCGCCGGGAAAGGACUUACAGGCCCAGCACUGCCAUGUCUAGUGAGCGAAUUGCUUGCCAAUUCUGUGAGCAGGACCCGCCCAGGGAUGCAGUGAAAACAUGCAUCACCUGUGAGGUCUCCUACUGUGACCGUUGCCUGCGGGCCACACACCCCAACAAGAAACCUUUCACCAGCCACCGCCUGGUGGAACCCGUGCCAGACACCCACCUUCGAGGGAUCACCUGCCUGGACCACGAGAACGAGAAAGUGAACAUGUAUUGUGUAUCUGAUGACCAAUUGAUCUGUGCCUUAUGCAAACUGGUGGGACGUCACCGAGACCAUCAGGUUGCGUCCCUGAAUGACCGAUUUGAGAAACUCAAGCAAACUCUGGAGAUGAACCUCACCAACCUGGUGAAGCGCAACAGUGAACUAGAAAAUCAAAUGGCCAAACUAAUACAGAUCUGCCAACAAGUCGAGGUGAAUACUGCUAUGCAUGAGGCAAAACUUAUGGAAGAAUGUGACGAGUUGGUAGAGAUCAUCCAGCAGAGGAAGCAAAUGAUCGCUGUCAAAAUCAAAGAGACAAAGGUUAUGAAGCUAAGAAAGUUGGCACAGCAGGUUGCUAAUUGUCGACAGUGUCUUGAACGGUCAACAGUCCUCAUCAACCAGGCUGAGCAUAUCCUGAAAGAAAAUGACCAGGCACGGUUUCUCCAAUCUGCAAAGAAUAUUGCUGAAAGGGUCGCUAUGGCAACAGCGUCGUCUCAAGUUCUGAUUCCAGACAUCAAUUUUAAUGAUGCCUUUGAAAACUUUGCUUUAGAUUUUUCCAGAGAAAAGAAACUGCUGGAGGGGCUAGAUUAUUUAACAGCCCCAAACCCACCAUGUAUCCGAGAGGAACUCUGUACUGCUUCCCAUGACACCAUUACAGUCCACUGGAUCUCGGACGAUGAGUUCAGCAUCAGCUCCUAUGAGCUUCAGUACACCAUAUUCACUGGCCAGGCUAACUUCAUCAGUAAGUCAUGGUGUAGUUGGGGCCUGUGGCCAGAGAUAAGGAAAUGUAAGGAAGCAGUAAGCUGCUCAAGAUUGGCCGGGGCGCCACGAGGCCUGUACAAUUCAGUGGAUAGCUGGAUGAUUGUGCCCAACAUUAAACAGAACCACUACACAGUGCAUGGACUUCAGAGCGGGACCCGCUACAUCUUCAUUGUUAAAGCCAUAAACCAAGCAGGCAGCCGGAACAGUGAACCCACCCGACUAAAAACAAAUAGCCAACCCUUUAAAUUGGAUCCGAAAAUGACUCACAAGAAGUUGAAGAUCUCCAAUGAUGGGUUGCAGAUGGAGAAGGAUGAAAGCUCUCUGAAGAAGAGCCAUACCCCAGAGAGGUUUAGCAGCACAGGGUGCUAUGGGGCAGCAGGGAAUAUAUUCAUUGACAGUGGCUGCCACUACUGGGAGGUAGUUAUGGGUUCCUGCACCUGGUAUGCAAUUGGUAUUGCCUACAAGUCCGCUCCCAAGAACGAAUGGAUUGGCAAGAAUGCCUCCUCAUGGGUCUUCUCUCGAUGCAAUAGUAACUUUGUAGUGAGACAUAACAACAAGGAAAUGUUGGUGGAUGUGCCCCCACAGUUGAAGCGUCUGGGUGUCCUUCUGGAUUAUGACAACAACAUGCUGUCGUUCUAUGACCCAGCUAACUCUCUCCAUCUUCAUACUUUUGAUGUGACCUUCAUUCUUCCAGUUUGUCCAACAUUCACAAUCUGGAACAAAUCCCUCAUGAUCCUGUCUGGCUUGCCUGCCCCAGAUUUUAUUGAUUACCCUGAGCGGCAGGAAUGCAACUGCAGGCCUCAAGAAUCCCCUUAUGUUUCUGGGAUGAAAGCUUGCCAUUAAGUUUCAAGAGAGCAUAUAAUUCACUGGCUCUCUAGUUCAGCACUUCCUUCCUUCCUAAACCUCAGUUAGUGUCCAAUAUACAAGAUACAAAAUAAAGUUCAUUUGAAGCAUCCAAAAUAACUAGAUAUUACAGAUUUAAUUUUUGUGCAUUAAAGCCUAUAUUCGAAUUAAGGUAUUGAGUUUUUCAGAACAAAUUGUCUGAAUAGUCUGGGUUCAAGCCAUUGGAGGGGAAAUCUAGGGAAUACCUCUCUUAUCACUGGAGAAUUAACAAUUCCCAGUAAUCUGGGAGUAUAAAUUAUUUUGGAAGGAAUUAAGAUAAUUCUAAGUAAAUAAUGUAGAAAGAUGCUCUGAACAAGGGGCUAGCCAGCCAGAAGGGUGUGCGUGGGCACAUGUCAGCCUUUCUAGUUUGGCUAAGUAGGAUUUGAAGUGUGGAAGGAUCACACAUUAUAUGUAGUUUUUGAUAAAAGCCUACAAUCAAGGAUUUAUUAUAGCGAAGAACAUGUAUGUGUAUAUAUUAUAUAUAUAUAAAAUGAAUAAAUAAUAUGUUAUAUAUUCAUUUUAUAAUUAUAUAUACAUAGUAAAUUUUUUGAUUUGCUCAUUUGAGUGAGAAAUAUAGUGGAAGGGAAACUAAAUUAUAGCAUCCAUUUUUGUCCCCUAAAGGGAACAUCAAGAUCAGGCAAUAUUUCCUUCCUCCCUCCAUUCAUUCCUCCCAUUCUCUCUCCUGUCACACAGACAUUCACGUGCAAUAAUGACAUUGAUGGUGGGAAGAGCUCUAAAUUGGUUUAAGAGAGUUUGAGGGACAAGAUUGCCCAAGAGAUGCUAUUGCUGGGCAGAAAAUUGAUCCAAGUAGAAGCAUUAUAUGUAGCACGUUUCACUGAGGCUACCUAAUACAGGAGGUUCGUCUGAAUUGUUAAAAAUUCCAUCACAGAAUGUCUCAAAGAAAUAGUUUUAUUACUGUCAAGUACAUACAGUUACUAGAAUUAGGCUAAAACAAGAGUUGCACAAUGGACGUUCUUUAGGAACUUUAUUUACUUAAUCAGUAAGAAUGGAGUGUUUUAGAUGCAACAACCAUUUCCAUAUAAAUGUACUUGUAUUUUCAGAUAAAACACUUCUGAAGUGCUUGAGAA